AUGAUUUCCAAGUGUUUUGGUCACUUGAUUGGUAAUCUAAGUGUCCUAAAUCUUGAGCAGAACAACUUGAAUGGACCCAUUCCUGAAGCUUACACCAAACGAUGCAAACUACAGAUAUUCAAAGUCAAUGGGAAUCAACUACAGGGGAAAUUACCAAGAUCAUUGGAAAAUUGCAAGAAUAUGGAGGUGUUAGAUGUUGGAAAUAACCAGUUGAGUGGCACCUUCCCCUUCUGGUUGGAAAGCCUACCCCAGUUGCGUGUUUUGGUGUUGCAAUCUAACAAAUUCUAUGGUCCCAUUACACAAAAACCAAAGGUUGUUGCUGAUUCUCAUUCUCCCUUCCCAAUGCUACAUGUUUUUGACAUCUCUCUCAACAGUUUCACAGGAAAAUUGCCACUGGAAUAUAUUUGUCAAUGGAAAUCAAUGUUGGUUACAGAUAAACCUCAACUUGCCCAUUAUAUAAGUUGGCAAAAUUCAAGUUCUCUUGCAGAUCUUAUCUAUGAAGUUAAGCUCAAGAUUGUAAGCAAAGGAAUAAGUUUGGAGAUGGAGAAGGUCAUAGAAACAUUCACCACCAUAAAUCUUUCUUACAACAAGUUUCGAGGAAAUAUUUCAGUUGCAAUUGGGGAACUUAGAGCACUCAUGGGGCUCAAUUUUUCUGCAAAUGACCUCACAGGGCAAAUUCCAUCUUCACUUGCUCAGCUGACCAUGCUUGAGUCCUUGGAUCUUUCCAAAAAUAUUUUAUCAAGGGAAAUCCCCCAACGAUUGGGAAGCCUCACAUUCCUUGCAGUUUUGAAUCUAUCACCAAACCAUUUCACAGGAAUGAUACCACAAGACAACCAAUUUGGAACAUUCUCAGUUGCUUCAUAUGAAGGGAAUGAGGGAUUAUGUGGAUUUCCACUACCUAAAAGAUGUGGAAUAACAGAAAGAGCACUACCUCCAGCUUCGAUAGAUUCAACAAGUUUACUUGAUUGGAGAUUUGUGAUUGCAGGGUAUUGUUCCGGGGUGAUAAUUGGGGUGUUGAUUGGACAAACCAUGUUUUGGAGGAUCAUUGGUUGCUUUAAGUUAACAUCAAGAAUGAAAAGAUUCAAGCCAAAGCAAAAGUCAAAGAAGAGCAAAAGGCAUGGGAGAGGAAUAUGA